AUGAACGGUACCUCCUCUUACAACUACGGGACAGGCACCGCUGUAACUAGCAUCGCGAGCGCCAAACCCUCAAUUCCCUCGAGCUUAUGGAACAAUUCCACGAAACCCACCACGCGCACCGUCACUCGCACCGUUGGGACCAUUGGCACCGACUCGUCCACUACGGCCAAGAUCCCGAUACCUACCGUCCCUAGCAUCAGCAUUCCUCCUCCGCCGGCCAGUGUCACAGAGUUUGAUUCCACCACGUCUCUUGGUCCCUCUUACACCAUCACCACGUACACUACCGUGAAAGUCAUUAACACUACUUUCUCAUCCCAGCUCCCAGGAGCAUCUACAAUCUCGCGGUCCGCCUUUCGUACGACAAUGAGAACCACCGUUGUGGUAACCAUUACGAAUACCGUCCCACUUAGUACCGGCACCGGAUACAUGCCCACCAACAGCGGAACUGUAGCCUCCAGCAGGAUUCUCUCGCUAUCGUCGAGUAGCUCCAUCUACCUGUCCAAAUCACUUAGCUAUGGAACCACUUCUACUUCGAACUGGCUCAACACGACUUCCACCGUCAUUGGCAUUAGCACUAAGUUGACGUCCUCCACGGAGACAGCUACCACGGAUGCGGCCUUUAGCUCUAGCUCCAACGUGCCCUGUGCAACAGACACGGGGUCAGCCUCCAGGUCUUCUGUGACGCUGGGGACCACCCUCUCGAGUGCUUUGCCCAGCCUGGUCACUCUUAAAAGCACACUAAGUCUAAGCACCAGCUCCGAUAAAUACGGAUAUCCUCCCUCCCCUUCUCCGGAGACAACAGUAGAUAGUGCCAAGCCGAGUAUCGUCCCGAGCAGCACCUCUGAUAUUCCGGGUGGCUACGGAUCCGAGGACUCAACUUCGUCGCUGGGGACAGCUGUCUCAAGUGCUCUACCAUCAUCAGUCACACACUCAAUUCUAAGUGUCUCGGGUGAUUACGGAGACUACCCUCUCGAUUCGAAGGAGUCGACCUCGAGCGGGCCCGGUACCACAAUUGCAAGUUGA